CGGUGCAUGCGCUGAGAGAGGCGGCCGUUGCGCUCCCACUUGCUCUAGCUCCGCCCUCGUUACUACCGGGAGCGGCGGCUGCUGCUGCGAUGGCGGCCUGGCCGGGCCCGCUCCGCUCGGUGCUGCUGUUGCUGGUGGCGUCGGUGCUGCCCGGCGGCUCGUGGGGCUCAGAGGCGGCCGGGGCGGGGGAGUCUCCUGGCGGGCCGGGCCCUGGGGAGCGGUUUAAAAUCGAGGGCCGGGCGGUGGUGCCCGGGGUGAAGCCGCAGGACUGGAUCGCGGCGGCCCGGGUGCUGGUGGACGGGGAAGAGCACGUCGGCUUCCUCAAGACAGAUGGAAGUUUUGUGGUUCAUGAUAUACCUUCUGGAUCUUACGUCGUAGAAGUUAUAUCCCCAGCUUAUAGGUUUGAACCAGUUCGAGUGGACAUAACUUCAAAAGGCAAAAUGAGAGCAAGAUAUGUGAAUUACAUCAAAACGUCAGAAGUAGUCAGGCUGCCAUACCCGCUUCAGAUGAAAUCUUCUGGACCCCCUUCUUACUUCAUAAAGAGAGAGUCUUGGGGAUGGACAGACUUUCUAAUGAACCCUAUGGUUAUGAUGAUGGUUCUUCCAUUACUGAUAUUUGUAUUGCUGCCUAAAGUUGUCAACACCAGUGAUCCUGACAUGAGACGGGAAAUGGAGCAGUCAAUGAAUAUGCUAAAUUCCAACCAUGAACUGCCCGAUGUCUCUGAAUUCAUGACAAGACUUUUCUCUUCAAAAUCUUCCAGCAAGUCUGGCAGUGGGAGCAGUAAAACAGGGAAAAGUGGUGCUGGAAAAAGGAGGUAGUUUUUUCUUCCUCCUGCGCCUGAGUUUGCACAACUGUUUUUGUGUGGUAUCAUCUGUAUGGGUCUUGCAAGUUCAAAACACCACUACUGUAAACUUGAUCCAACAUGAAAAUUGAUCUGCUACAACUGUUGUAUGUGAUUGUAGCUUUUUAGCCUAUUUAAGCUGUUUUGUACUUGGCAGUAAGCAGAGGAGGACAUGGCUUCAAUCUUGUAUGUGUAUAAGGUCAAUAUCGAUGAUACUGAAUUAACUAUAUUGCUCUGUAGAAAAUGACAUUAAAGUAAUUAAAUUAUA